CGCCUGUCAGACGCUCUGCUCGUCACUUCCCAAAGCGACUACGUGUUGCGUCACCGCGCUUAUAUAUGUGGUGCGUGACGUCACACUCUCGCGACGCGAAUUUUUCCGACGUCUGGGUUCAGCUGUCCGGCAGGAUCCGAGGAGCUGGACAUUAAUGCAACUGCGGGACGUUUGAACUGCGGGCUGGACUAAGGAAACCGGACUGUUGGGCGGUCCGUGAAGACAGGAGGAGGAGGAGGAGGAGCCAGGAUGAGUAAGAAGCCUCCAAGCCGCCCUGGAAUCACUUUUGAAAUUGGUGCACGUCUAGAAGCACAAGACUACUUACAGAAAUGGUACCCCUCAAAGAUAGAGAAGAUAGACUACGAAGAGGAAAAACUGCUGAUCCAUUUUGAACACUGGAGCAGCCGAUAUGAUGAGUGGAUCCACUGGGACAGCAGUCGACUCCGCUCUCUCGAGGAGCACUCAUUGAUGAAGGAGGAGCUCCGAGAUGAUGAAGAAAAUUUCGAUUUUAAAGAAGGGGAAGAGGUGUUGGCCCGAUGGACUGACUGCAGAUAUUACCCAGCCAAGAUUGAAGCUAUAAACAAGGAAGGAACCUACACUGUGCAGUUUUAUGAUGGAGUCAUUCGAUGUCUGAAGAAAAUUCACAUUAAAUCCAUGCCAGAAGAUGCAAGGGGGCAGGAUUGGAUCGCGCUUGUUAAAGCAGCUGCAGCAGUGGCAGCAAAGAAUAAAUCAGGGAACAAGCCUCGGUCCAGCAUUAACAGCACUAAAGACAAAGAGGAGAGAAAGUGGAGCAAAGGGCCCUCCAAGAAGGAAGAGACCGUUCUGUGCAAACAUUUUGGCAUCUUCCACAAAGAGGAGGAGGAACCUACAUCGAGCAGGAACCUGGCCAGUCCACUUACAGUCUUUACAGAUAUUACUUUGCCAGAGACUCCAAAGAUCAGUAUUCAGCCACAAGAGGACGAGCUUUUACUGAAGAGAAAACUUAGUCAGACAAGUUCGUUUCAAGCAAAGAGAGCUCGUCUGAACAAAAUUACAGGAUUAUUGGCAUCUAAAGCCGUUAUUUUGGACGACACAGAACAGAAGGACAUCGUCUCAGAAAAGACAUCAAGGCUGGAGGAGGCGAUUUCUCCCAAACCUCAGAGUCAGAAACAAAAUGAAGGUGACAUUAGCCACCCUCGCAGCACAUUGAAGCCCACUCUGCUCCCGGCAGCUUUGUCUUCAGGGAAGUCUCGCAGCAGAAAAGACAAACGAGAUGUUGGAGAUGCCUCAGGGUGUAAAAAGAUUCCCAUGUCCCCUAUUGUUCCAGACUUAACGCAAGGUCCGUCACAGCCUGCAGCUCUUGCUAAGACUUCAGGGCGCAAGAAUCGAAGGAGGCCUCCGAGAUCAAACCUUCCAUUGUCUGAAGAUUUCCCCUGCCCUCCACUCGGCAAUGGGAAAGGAUUGCAGCAAAGCCCUUCAGCAGCCGCGGUACCCGCCAAUGCCCCCGAGAAGCCGGAGCCUCUGGAUCUGAGCCACAGUGCGGAGCCCACGGCACCUUUACUCCCUGAAUCCUCCGACCAUGUGACCUGCCCCAGUAAAGAAAAGGAAAAUAUACAAAGCCUGUCCUGUUCUUCCAAAUCGGUAGCACAUAGCAGUACAGCCUCGUCAGCUUCGUCCCCUCAAGUUCAUGCCUUGAAAUCAGCCCUGCCCAACAGCAUUAGGCCUGCGAAGGGGAAUAAAAAGAAGAAACAUUCUGCUUCAGAAGGAACAGAAAAAACACUCCCUGCUGGGGGAUCAGGCAAAAUCCCUAAUAAUGUGCAGGAAAAAAUCCUAAAGAAAGUGAAUGAGAAGGACAAGCAUUCAGAAGUUGGGGUCAUAAAAGAAAAGAAAGUAAAAAUUGAGGAGAAACCUACAUCAGUUGGGAAAAAGAAAGACAAAGAUCGGAAGGAAAAAAUACAGAAGGGUCACUUGAAAUCCAAACAGAAAAAGAAGAAAAAGAAAAAAAGGAAAUCAAAGCAGCACGAAUAUUCAGAUGAUGAGGAGGCAUUUAUGAGCAGAUCUUCCUCCCCAGUGACAUUCUCAUCCCCCCGCACUUUAUCUCUCCGCAACAUAUUAACUGUGAAAAAUCAUCAUUCAUUUCCGUUCCCACGAGCAAUCUUGUCUGUGGAUCUCACUGGAGAAAAUCUCUCUGAUAUGGAGUUUCUGGAUGAUUCUUCUACGGAAAGCCUGAUUCUUAGUGGGGACGAAUACAACCAGGAGUUUGAUUCGGCCAAUUUUGAGGAGUCGCAGGAGGAAGAGGGCGCUGGGAAUGAGAUUGUGCGGUGCGUCUGUGAGAUGGACGAGGAGAAUGGUUUCAUGAUUCAGUGUGAAGAAUGUCUGUGCUGGCAGCAUAGUGCCUGUAUGGGGCUGUUGGAGGAGAGUAUUCCGGAGCAAUACUUGUGCUACAUCUGCAGAGACCCCCCAGGUCAGAGGUGGAGUGCGAAAUACCGAUACGACAGAGACUGGUUCAAUAAAGGCCACCUAUGCGGCUUGUCUUUUGUAAGCGAGAACUAUUCCUACCUGAAUGCUAAAAAGAUCGUCUCCACUCACCACUUACUGGCCGACAUCUUCAGUGUAACGGAGAUCAUGUACGGGCUGCCGCUCAAGUUUGCCAUAUUGAAUAACAAAGAACACCCGGACCUGCGACUGUGGGCGUGUCCCGGGAAGCAGAAGGAGGGCGGAGACGCCAAUGAGAAAAGAACGUUUUGCAUUAACCAAUCGGACAGAACAUGUGGGCAAAACCACACAGGGUCCCCCAGUCGGCUUUGUAAAUCAGAAGACACAUAUAUAUCCAACAAGCACAGUUAUCAGAGGCCUCCAAACGGUGACCCCAACUUCAAUUCAUCCAGUGAACCCCCCUGCUGCAAUAAUGAGACAGGAACAUUCCUUGCCACUGGAAAAAGGGAAAUUCUGGGCGACACAAAAACAUGUUCUUUAAAGACAGAGAAGAAGAACGAACAGAAUGAGGUGGAAGAGAAUAAAGUGGCUCAGGAGAGGAGAGGAACGGAGGAGCAAGUGGACUCACAUCUUCAGUGGCAGCUGAACCUCUUGGCUCACAUAGAGAAUGUGCAGAAUGAAGUCAGCAGCAGAAUGGACCUCAUAGAGAAGGAGGUGGAUGUCCUAGAGAGCUGGUUGGACUUCACUGGGGAGCUGGAGCCGCCGGAUCCGCUCGGGAGAUUGCAGCAGUUAAAGAGACGCAUGAAGCAGCUUCUUAUGGACAUGGGCAAAGUGCAGCUAAUCGCCACCGUCUGCUCCGUAUGACGAUAGAAAAAGCAGCAGGAGGCGGUCUGUGCCGAACUCUUUUGCUAUUUAGGAUACAAAAAAGAAAAAAAAAUUUUUUAUGAAACAAAUAUAUAUAUAUAUAUUAUUAGUAUUGAUCCUUUGAGAGGAUUAUUAAUACAUCCUUUUUAACCCGGCAAAGGGAUAAGCAGUUAGUUGAGAGAUGGAAGGCGUGGCGCAAGGAGUGGCAGUGCCACGGAAGAGAACACUUGUAGCUCCAUUAACAAGAUGGCGGAUGAUCAUUGUGUCCCCGGUGUAUUUUAGCAUUUAAUUUUGGUCUCUUCUUCACACAAACUUCAGAUUGGAAUCCAACAUGCAGAUUCUCAUUAAAGCAGCACUGAAUAUUCAAGGCUCCAUCUGCGGUCCCUCCAGCCGUUGUUAUACAACUCCCAGCAUCCUCCAGCAGCUGGAGGGAGGAUGUGUCUGAUAUACAGCAGGAAUAUCUGUGUGUGCUAAUUGCUUUGCUAAAGUUGGCUCCAUCCUCUUAGUCAUUAGCAAGGCUGAAAUUGAGAUCAGUCCAGGCUUUAUGGAACUGCUGCAAUACUUACAAAUGGAUUCUGGAUUUUAGCACUUUAUAGAUCUUUCAGUAGUAUAGAGGCUUGAGCUCAGGGUGAGAUGAAUAAAAGGGGGGUGAUAUGACUUCCAGUAUACCACAUCAACCAAUCAGGCAGCUGGUGGUGUCCAUCUUUGCCAAUCCAGCGUAAUUAAUGUCUCCGAUAGAAAUGCACCAAAUCCAUAUCACCACAACCGAACCAAAUCUGAACCCCGUUUUACAUAUUCAAAGUCACAUGACUUAGAGGGUUCAGAUUUGAUUUGGCUGAACAGCAAGAAUGGAUUUGGAUCAUCCCCACAUUGCAGUAAGGCACCAAGUCAUUCAUUCUGUGCCGACCAUCUGCUUUUCUUUAAUCAUCAAUUUUUAUUAUGGGUUCAAACAAAAAGUCCCGCCUUCUCACUGUGGAUUAUUGUGAUUUAUAAUCAUUCCGGGAUCCGUAACAUCUGAAAAAUGAUGAAAGGAUAAGAAAAGUGCAGUUUAAUGGAAGGUCCAGGUUGUCGGGCACAAGCCCAGUGAAUGUAGGCGCAUCCCUUGGGUCCUGGGCCAGUGCUACCUUUGAUGAAAACACCUAGGAUACUUUUCCUUUAAAUGAUGCCCCACCAUCUUCAGGAUCCAUUGGGGCUGUUCACAUGCUCAGUAUAGUAAAGUGUCCACUAUUGUGACUGGCCUGGACAACCCCAAGGGAUACCUUCAAGAUGCCUGUGCUUGUAGAGAAAGAACUUUGGGCUGAUGCAAUUUGUUAGCAAAGAGCAGGUUUCUGUGUGGUGUAAAUGGUCCCCUUAUGGGGGCCAUUUACUACAGUUUGAGAACUCAUGUUUCACAUUAUAGUUCCAGGAUCCUCUAUGAUGUAAAUGGUAUGAAACCCCCUAGGGUGGUAAGGUCCUACCUAUGUUUCAGGCCAUAGUCCCAGGUUCCUCUUUGGUGUAAAUGGUAUGAAACUCCUUAGGAUGACUAUGUACUACAGUUUGAGAACCUAUGUUUCAGAUCAUAGUCCCAGGAUCCUCUGUGAUGUAAAUGGUAUGAGAUCCCCUAGGGUGGUCAGGUCCUACCUAUGUUUCCUCUUUGGUGUAAAUGGUAUGAAACUCCUUAGGAUGGCCAUGUACUACAGUUUGAGAACCUAUGUUUCAGAUCAUAGUCCCAGGAUCCUCUGUGAUGUAAAUGGUAUGAGAACCCCUAGGGUGGUCAGGUCCUACAAUUUGAGAACCUAUGUUUCAGGCCAUAAUCCCAGGUUCCUCUAUUAUGUAAAUGGUAUUAGACCUGGUAGGGUGGUCAGGUCCUACAAUUUGAGAACCUAUGUUUCAGGCUUUAGUCCCAGGAUCCUCUAAUGUAUGAGACCCUUAGGAUGGCCAUGUACUGCAGUUUGAGAAUUUAUGUUUCAGACCAUAUUCCCAGGAUCCUCUAUUAUGUAAAUGGUAUGAGACCUGGUAGGGUGGUCAGGUCCUACAAUUUGAGAACCAAUGUUUCAGGCUUUAGCCCCAGGAUCCUCUAAUGUAUGGGAGCCUUAGGAUGGUCAUGUACUGCAGUUUGAGAAUUUAUGUUUCAGACCAUAUUCCCAGGAUCCUCUGUGAUGUAAAUGGUAUGAGACACCCUAGGGUGGUCAGGUCCUACAAUCUGAGAACCUAUGUUUCAGGCUUUAGUCCCAGGAUCCUCUAAUGUAUGGGAGCCUUAGGAUGGACAUGUACUACAGUUUGAGAAUUUAUGUUUCAUUUUAUAGUCCCAGGAUCCUCUAUGAUGUAAAUGGUAUGAGAUCCCCUAGGGUGGUCAGGUCCUACAAUUUGAGAACCUAUGUUUCAGGCCAUAGUCCCAGGUUCCUCUAUUAUGUAAAUGGUAUGAGACCUGGUAGGGUGGUCAGGUCCUACAAUUUGAGAACCUAUGUUUCAGGCUUUAGUCCCAGGAUCCUCUAAUGUAUGAGACCCUUAGGAUGGCCAUGUACUGCAGUUUGAGAAUUUAUGUUUCAGACCAUAUUCCCAGGAUCCUCUGUGAUGUAAAUGGUAUGAGACGCCCUAGGGUGGUCAGGUCCUACAAUUUGAGAACCUAUGUUUCAGGCUUUAGUCCCAGGAUCCUCUAAUGUAUGGGAGCCUUAGGAUGGUCAUGUACUGCAGUUUGAGAAUUUAUGUUUCAGACCAUAUUCCCAGGAUCCUCUGUGAUGUAAAUGGUAUGAGACACCCUAGGGUGGUCAGGUCCUACAAUUUGAGAACCUAUGUUUCAGGCUUUAGUCCCAGGAUCCUCUAAUGUAUGGGAGCCUUAGGAUGGUCAUGUACUACAGUUUGAGAAUUUAUGUUUCAUUUUAUAGUCCCAGGAUCCUCUAUGAUGUAAAUGGUAUGAGACCCCCUAGGGUGGUCAGGUCCUACAAUUUGAGAACCAAUGUUUCAGGCCAUAGUCCCAGGUUCCUCUUUGGUGUAAAUGGUAUGAGACCCUUAGGAUGGCCAUGUACUACAGUUUGAGAAUUUAUGUUUGACCAUAUUCCCAGGAUCCUCUGUGAUGUAAAUGGUAUGAGACACCCUAGGGUGGCCAGGUUCUACAGAUUCAGGAGCUAUGUUUCAGGCCAUAGUCCCAGGUUCCUCUUUGGUGUAGAACUUAGCACUUGAAAUACUGUCACAUCAUGAUGGAGACCUGAGUCUCUAGAAAUGGAUAUAUUUUUCCUUACUGCUCAUCAGUACUAAACAGAGAGACAUAGAUAUUCAUUUGUGGAGGUGCAGAUCCCCAUCAUGAUGUGCUGAGUUCUACCGGAGUGUCUCUAACUGGUGGACACAAUGCUGUUUUAAUGAUCAUUUUUAGACCUACCGUAUAUACUCGAGUAUAAGCCGAGUUUAUCAGCCCCCAAAAUAUGCUGAAAAACUCUACCUCGGCUUAUACUCGGGCC